AUACAAGAAGCCUCUUGUCCCCUCCUCCUACUCCUUGGAUAGUAUGAAGGAAGAGCCCUUGAGGCUGCUGACGAGAAAGGUGGGGACAUGGAAAGAGGACUUCUGAACAGCUCCAGCCACUUGAGCUGCCUUCAAGGGAAUCUUUCCGUCUCUCUAGAAGACCAGUGCACCAGGCUCCUCCCUCCUCCUUUUGGCUCCUACAGUGUGGAGAAAGGCUCAGGCUGUUCCCUGGGCUCUGUGGUUGGUUUCUCCUGCCAAGUGGGAUAUCAGCUCAUAGGAAGCAGAGCAACGAUUUGCCUCUUAGGGGACAAUGGUACCAUUUGGAGUCAUCCUGAACCCCGAUGUGAACAGGUUCUCCCCACGUCACCUAGUCAUGGUUACCAGGGGGCAGUGACCAUCUCGGUCAUCAGUGGUGCCAUCAUCCUCGCCAUCUCCAUCUCAUUUGUCAUGUGCUGCCUGCAAGAGAGAGGGCUGAGGAGCGGCUCUACGGCCACUCAGACCGUGUAUCACCAAGGCAGGAUGUCUAAUGUAGGAAGAAGAGCUGAUUCAACUGACAAGGCACUACAGAGGAAUGUGUGGGUUGAUGGGAAGGACCAGAGACAGAAGGAGAGCCUUCCUACUCAACUAAGCUCCAUUUAUCCUGGCGCUCUUACAAUCUAUGACAACUGGGGUUUUCAGAGGAGUCAAGAGAUCCUGCCUUGGGCCACUGUGCAGACUUUGGGCUCUCAAGUCCCAGUCUUCACCCCAGUGGUCUUGCAGCAGGGAUCCCCGUCCCCACCUCCCACGUAUAUAUACCUGCUCCAAGAGCCCAGGGACCUGCCUCUGCUGCUCCCACUUCCACCCUGCCACACUCACCUCCCCAGAGAACCCAGAGAACCCAGAGAACCUCAGCCAGCCUGUACCCGAGGAAACAACAGCAGCAGCAGCAGCAGCAGCAUGGAGGACAGCGCUCAGGCUCAGCCGGGCUCAGAACGCACUUGA